GGGUCACCACAUUAAAAUUUCCAUUCCCUACUUCUCCAAGCACAAAAAGCAAAUUGCAACUGCCAACCCACGCAUCCAGAAACCCAAUAUCUCAUGAAAUUCAUCUUCAGACUUUUUAUUAUAAUCAUCAACAUGUGGUACCGCUUCUAUAGAAUUUAAACUCAGCAUGCUGCCUUCAAUUUCAUGAAUGCUGAUGUGGCAUUCAGGGACCAUCUCUACCGUCAAAAAGAAUCACGGUAACCAUAACCCAUUAAACCCCACAAAACCUCAAAAAAAAAAUAAAAACAAAAACACCCCAUUAACACCACUUUCACACAAAAACACCCCACCACAAAUGGCGAUCGCAGCCUUCCCUCCUUCCCCUUCUCCUUCUCCCUCAUCGGCACCGCAGUGGGCCCCGUCUCCUCUCGCAGAAACCUCUACCGCCACCCUCAAUCAAUCAUCAUCUUCACUGCAGCAAACCGCAAAGCUUCCCGUUGAUUUCAGCCCACCAUUAAUAGCAAUGGUAGUAGUAGUAGCUACAGCUUUUUUACUCAUCACGUACUCACGUCUAAUCUCUCGUUACCUCCUCCGACUCCUUCGCCGCUGGAAAAGGUGGCGACUCCGCCGUCGAUAUCUCCCUUCGUCCAACGGCGGCGACGACCUAGAGUCACCUCCUCCUCUAUUUGAUUCACCUGAAGGAUUCCACGUGUAUUCUCCGUACGGACUGGACGAUUCAGUUAUCAAAGCAUUACCUCUCUUUCUCUUUACCACAACGAAAAAUGGAAAACAGAGUAUAAUUAAAGAUUGCGCUGUUUGUUUGCUAGAGUUUGAAGAGAAUGAUUAUGUGCGUACACUUCCUGUUUGUUCUCAUGCGUUUCACGUAGAUUGUAUUGAUAUAUGGUUAAGGUCUCACGCUAACUGUCCUCUUUGUCGCGCUAGAAUAUUCCAAACGUCGCCAUUCGUUCCUGUUAUGGCAGCGAGGAUUCGACCAAGUUUAGAUGAUACAAUAAUUCUGCCUAUUGAAUCCAUGAUUCAAACUCCACCUCCCACAGUAACCACAACGGAGAUUGUCGAAGAAGCUGCUUCACCAAUAAGAAACAGUCAUAAUUUUUAUAUUCAGUCCGAGGACAGAUUUAGCCGCCGUGAUUUCUUGUUAAAAAGGUCUUACUCGUUUGGUUUUGAACGGAGUUUGGCGGCGUCCGAAAGGAUGUUAAUAACAGAACCUGCAACGGCGUCUCCUUGGAGAUAUAGAAGAGGAAGUUUCUGGGGUAAACGUCCGUCGCCGUUUGGUUCGUUGUCGAAACCUAGGGUUUUCUCGUUUAGGUAUUACAGAGGGAUGAAAUCGCCGUUUUUUAGAAGGAGAGGCGGAGGAGGGGGUUUCUUUCCAUUGUCGGAGAGGUUCCCGGCGGGUGGCGGCGGAGGAGGAGGAUCGUCACGGCGGAGUAAGUCAAUGGCGAGUCCAAUGUUUAUGAGAUCGUCGGUAGCGGCAUUCUCAUCGAGUCGGUUGAGGUGUGGCGAUCCAGAGGCGCUGUUAUCACCGGAGAGGUUUAACAGAAGAUAGUGAGGAAAAAGAGAGAGAGAGAAAGAGAAAGAGGACACGUGGAGGGAGGUGAUUAAAAAUGAUCGGAGUGAAUGGACGGUCGGAGAUUCGGGAGGGGGUAUUAAAUUGAAAGGAAAGAGAAUGGAGGAUGGGAGAGGGAGGGGCGUUAAUGGGAAGAAUAGUAGUCUGGCAAAUUGACAAUGGGGAAGGGUCAUUAAUUGGAAGGUGGGAAGGGCAUUUAAUGUACAAAAUUGACGAGAGAUUAACACCAUUUCACACCACCAUAUUUAAAAAAGAAAACAAAACACAACACUCCACUCUUUCUUUAUUGCUUUCUUUGUCUUUCUCAUUAAAGAUUCAUUAAUGGAGAGUGUGCAGCUCAUUAAUGUGAAGAGAGGUGGGUUUUGGUUUACAGAAGAUGCUUAAUUGGGUGGGUUUGGAUUUUUUGAUUGGGGUUUUGGUUUGGCACUUGGGUUUGCUUGGAAAUGCACCGACAGACUAAAGGGUUGAGAAGGCGAUUUAAAAGGAGAGAACGUGAUAUGUUUAUUGUGAACACGCGCCAAGUGGUCUCUUGGCUAUACUGACACACGAUCAUAUGUGGCGGGAUAGAUGGAUAUAUGUAGGUGUACGUGAAUGUGAUCUGCGUGCGGCUUCCAGUUCCAUUUGUAAAGACUACAGAGAGAGAAUUCUAUGAUGGGUUUGCUGAUCUAAAAAGCAGCAGCUCGUCUUCUUCUUCUUGUUGCUGCUGCAGCUGCAGCUGCUUUUGAAUGUAAAAAGAGUACAUUUCUUUUGGA